AUGGGUAGUUCAAAUGCAAGACCAAUUGAAGUAGAUGAGAUAUUAGCUAAUUUUCAGGCAGACCCAGGACUAAGAACUCGAAUGGCGGAUUAUAGUCCUAAUAUUCGGGAUGAGAUCCGAAGAGCAUAUCUACAAAAUAUUGCUAAAGAUGUUGCGUUUUGUCUUCAUUGUUAUCGCUUCAAAUCUAAUUUUGAUCAAGUGGGUGGUGAUGCAUUCACUGGGGUAGGCUUCAAUAAUUGGAAGAAGGCGAAAGAAAGAUUUAACCUUCUUGUUGGACCGGUUGGUAGUGUUCACAACCAAGCUAGAGAAGUUGCUUACAAUUUGAUGCAUCAAACUACACACAUUGAAACAAUUGUGAUCAAGCAAACAAGCCAAGCUCGCAUGGCUUAUCUUACUUGCUUGAAUGCAUCACUUAAGUGCACUAGGUAUUUGUUGCGACAAGGUCUUUCUUUUCGUGGUCAUGAUGAAAGUGCACAAUCAAGUAAUAAAGGGAAUUAUUUAGAGCUCUUGCAAUUUCUUGCGGAUCAUGAUGAAAAAGUUGAGGCCGUUGUGUUGGAAAAUGCUCCGAAAAAUUUAAAGUUAAUAGCUCAUUCAAUUCAAAAAGAUCUUGUCAAUUCUUGUGCUAAAGAAACCAUUGGUCUUAUCUUGAGUGAUGUAAAAGAUAGAUAUUUUUCAAUAAUGGUGGAUGAAGCACGUGAUGUUUCAAUAAAGGAGAAAAUGGCGAUGGUGCUGCGUUAUGUGAAUAACAAAGGACAAAUAAUUGAAAGGUUUGUGGGGGUUCAACAUGUAACCGCUACUACUUCAAGUGCACUAAAGGAAGCCAUUGAUGAAUUCUUUUCUUCCGUGAAUUUGAGCUUUUCCAAGCUACGAGGACAAGGUUAUGAUGGAGCUAGUAAUAUGAGAGGUGAGUUCAAUGGCCUUAAGACAAAUAUUUUGAGAGAACAACCCUGUGCAUUUUAUGUUCAUUGCUUUGCUCAUCAACUUCAACUAGCUCUUGUUGCGGUAGCAAAGAAAAACAUCGAUGUCAACUCUUUUUUCACAACGGCUAAUAGUUUGGUUAAUGUUGUUGGAGCAUCUUGUAAGCGUCGCGAUGCACGUAGAGCACAAUACCAAGAAGAGCUUGUGAGAGCUUUUGAAGAUGAUUGUCUUAUAACGGGGCGGGGCUUAAAUCAAGAAACUAGUUUCAAACGUGUCGGCGAUACACGAUGGAACUCACAUUAUGGUACAUUGAUUAGUAUCAUUUUUAUGUUCCCAUCUGUGGUGAAUGUGCUUCAAAUGAUUGUUGAUGAUAAUCCUAAUGAUAGUUCGGGUGAAGCCUAUAAGUUAUGGAGAGAAAUACAAUCUUUUGAGUUUGUGUUUCACUUAUUUUUAAUGAAAGCUAUAUUGGGAAUGACAAAUACUUUGUCUCUAGCAUUGCAAAAGAAAGAUCAAGACAUUGUGAGUGCAAUGAGUUUAGUGAAAACAUGCAAGGAAAACCUGCAGUUGAUGAGGGAUAAUGAGUUUGAAGAAUUGGUUGAGCAAGCAUCUUCGUUUUGUUACAAACAUGAUAUUACAGUUCUUACCAUGGAUGAGGAAUAUGUAAUUCCCGGGAGCUCACGGCGUAAUGCUCCAAUGAAGACAAAUUAUCAUGGUUAUCGUGUGGAGAUCUUUAUUCAUGUAAUUGAUGGACAACUUGCGGAAUUAAAUGAUCACUUCAACGAGGUAGAGGAGAUAAUUCAAGUGGAGAAUCGUGAAACAAGUACUCCAAAAAAUAAAGUGACACAAUUAAAAGCACCAUAUGCUGGGAUGGUAUUUGAAACAAUGGAAGAAGCAAGAAACUAUUAUGAAGAGUAUGGCCGGCAAGAGGGAUUCUGGAUUAGAACUCGAUUUUCCUCCAAGACGAGAAGGCAUUUAGAUAUGGUAAUGAGUAGACAAUUUGUUUGUGCACAUGAAGGAAAAUACGCGCCCAAAAAUACAUCACAGAAGGCUUUAGAAGAGAAUGAUGAGAGAGACAUAAGUGAGAUUGAGAAUAUGAAGAGAACGGGUAAAAAUUGUUCUACAGUGAAAUGUGGAUGCAAAGCAAAUAUGAGAAUUAAGCUUGAUAGAUGGUCAAACAAAUGGAAAGUAAGACUCUCACAAUCACAAGCCAGUUACACCGGAAAGAAGAUUGAAAAUGAAGUCAAAUAG